AUGGACAAAGUAAAUUUCCCUUAACACGAUUAAAGGAAGUUGUUUGUUCGGUUAACAUGGUGUUUAUAUUAAAGACAUACGUUCUGUCUGGAAAGUUGUUGGAUUUCUGGAAUAGAGGUGUUCCGAAUUAAGAGUGAGUGCCAAGGAAAAGACUGCAAAAGUUUAGCAUCAAACACAGUAUCGAACUGAUGGAAGACAAAUAAAUAAAAUGUGUACCUAACUGCACAAAAUUGCAUUGUACUAUCACACUUGCAGAAAAUCGCAAACGUGUGAACGUGGCCUGACUGAAUACGAGGAAUAAAGGUCUUUACAAGUAAAGUCAUCUAUCAAUACUAUAUAAACAUAGUUUUGCAUAAUAGUAAAUCAUUACUUGAUUACUUACAAUAAAUAUUCAGCUAAAAGGUGUUACAUAUUCCUGCAGUAUGUGGUCAAUGAUCUGUCUGUUCAUAUUAGCCUUCCCGGCGUUUAUACCCGCCAGAUUGAUCAGUAGUCCUGACGACCUGACACAAGAGUUUAUGGAAAUGUACGACGAAACCCAAAGUGAACCAUGUAAAACUGUCGGCGAUACAAGAGAAGAUAGCUUUGUUGGCGAUACAAGAGAAGAUAUCGAUGUUGACGAAACAAGAGAAGAUACCUCUGUUGGCGAUACAAUAGAAGAUAUCGAUGUUGACGUAACAAGAGAAGAUACCUCUGUUGGCGAUACAAGAGAAGAUACCUCUGUUGGCGAUACGAGAGAAGAUAUCGAUGUUGGCGAAACAAGAGAAGAUACCCCUGUUGGCGAUACAAGAGAAGAUACCUCUGUUGGCGAUACGAGAGAAGAUAUCGAUGUUGACGAAACAAGGCGUUUCGAUAUUAGCGAUACGAGAGAAAAUAAAACAAUGAACCAGUUGAUAACUAGAGUAAAUGACAUGAAAGAAACGAUUACAUAUCUUGGAUCAACGGUACAGAAACUGCUCAGCGAAAUUCAAUCAAUGAAAAAAAUGCACGAGAGGGUUAUAUUCCACGCAGUUCUGGAUACGAUCAUAGAAUAUCCUCUUCUGAAUAGGUAUCAGCGAAUUAUAUUUGAAACAGUCAUGCUUAACAAAGGAGAUGGCUACCAGGCCAGUAAUGGCAAGUUCACCGCUCCAGUAGCCGGCAUGUAUAUCUUCUCGGUGUCUAUUUUAAGCGACAACGGACCCUUAACCUCAUUUUUUGAGGCAGAAAUUCUGAAGAAUGGGAUUGUACUUGCAAAGCUUUACGGUCAUGGAGUUAACACAUACCAUGACCAAGCUUCGGCAACCGUGGUCACCCACUUAAGUAUUUCGGAUCACGUCUGGAUCAGAUUAAUAUGUUGCGGCUUUGAUUCGCUAUACGGCAGUCGCUAUAGUACUUUCAGUGGGGCUUUGCUCAAUUAAACCAAAGUCUUAUAUAUACUCAGUAUCAGUGGUUUGGGAGUACUGCAAGGGGAUAAAAUUUUUCCGAUACUCUUUUCAUUGUUUGUAAAUGAUACAGAGCUGUUUUUACAAAACGACAAUAGCCGCUUGAUUUACGUUAGAUCAAUUAUCAAUAUAUGUUUUGCUUUUUGCUGAUAAUGCCGGAAUUCUCCCAAAGACGACACCAGGGCUACACAAUACAUCAAACAAUUGUGAUAAUUAAUUGAUAAAAGAAAGUUCUAGUUUUAAAAAAGGAUGGAAUGAUAAAUGAAAACGAACACGUACAAUUUCUUUAUUUUUUAUAAUGAUGGCGAAGAAUUGGAAUUCGUUUAAUGUUUAAAUUAUAUUCUAGGUU